UCACUUUUGCAAGCACCAAAAACAAAAAACAAAUAAUUCAAGUUAUCACCGUUACGCCAACUUGGCACGACUCGUGGGGGCUCCACAAGCUAUCAAUUGGGAGCCAGCAAUUUAAACAGACGAUCCAACUUUACACAAUGUGUUAUUAGAUGCAGUGUCGUUUUCGUAAAUCAUUAGAGAUCCAAGCCCUAUAUUUAUAUUAUAUUAAAACAACCUCCACACUUUACAUUACUCUACUCAUCAGACAGCCACGAGUCUCUCUCUCUCUCUCUCCCUCUCCAUUAUCGAACGCCGUGUCGGCGAAGCCACGAGUCACUUCUCUCUGACGCUUGUCGUCAUCUUUUCUAACUAUCAUUGUUCGAAACUGAAACGGUGCGUUUUAACCUCACCGGCGACGGAGAAAAAAAAAUAAAACAUGAGGAAGGAUGUUUCGCCGCCGGUUUCGACCACCACCGUAAGAUUCCUCGUCGGAUUCGAGAAGAAGCCAUUGAUUGCUACAUUGCUAGCUCUCUCCCUCGUCAUGAUUAUCUGGAACCUUCCUCCUUACUACCACAGCCUCAUCUCCACCGCUCGUCCCUGCUCCGUCUCUCCCGUCGCCGUCACCACCACCACCACCACCACCAUCCUCUCCUCCACAUCAUCUCCGUCACCUGAAAAUUUCACCGCCUUCUCCGCCACACCGGUUACUUCCCAGAAGUACGAUUCGUCUCCCUCAGAUCCGAACAAGCGCGUUUUCCAGCCGUUCGGAAACGCGGCGGCGCUUUUCGUCCUCAUGGGAGCUUACCGCGGCGGUCCGGCGACAUUCGCCGUCGUCGGACUCGCCUUGAAGCCGAUCCACACAUUCGGCAAACCGUGGUUCAAGUGCGAGUGGUUAGCGAGCAACGGAACCUCGAUUCGAGCUAAAGCAGUGAAGAUUCUUCCCGAUUGGGGAUACGGACGCGUGUACACCGUCGUCGUCGUCAAUUGCACAUUCCAAUCGAACCCUAACUCCGACAAUUCCGGAGGUAAACUCAUCCUCAACGCUUACUACGGCGAGUCUCCGAGACUCUUCGAGCGGUUCACGACGAUGGAGGAAUCCGCCGGAUCUUACGACGAUUCCAAAUUCUCGCCGCCGUAUCCGUACGAUUACUUAUACUGUGGCUCGUCUCUUUACGGGAACGUGAGCUCGUCGCGUAUGAGGGAGUGGAUUGCUUACCACGCUUGGUUCUUCGGAGACAGAUCUCACUUCGUCUUGCACGAUGCUGGUGGUGUUUCGCCGGAAGUUAGGGAGGUUCUUGAGCCUUGGAUUCGUGCCGGGAGGGUCACGCUUCAGGAUAUUCGGGAUCAGUCGCAGUAUGAUGGAUACUAUUACAAUCAGUUCUUGAUCGUUAAUGAUUGCUUGCAUCGGUAUCGUCACGCUGCGAAUUGGACUUUCUUCUUCGACGUCGACGAGUAUAUCUAUUUGCCUGACGGAAACACGCUUGAAUCGGUGCUCGCUGAGUUCUCGGUUAAUACUCAGUUCACUAUUGAGCAGAAUCCAAUGUCUAAUGUUCUUUGCUUAAACGAUGCCUCUCAAGAUUAUCCCAGGCAAUGGGGAUUUGAGAAGUUGCUAUUUAAGGAAUCAAGAACAAACAUACGGCGUGAUAGGAAAUACGCGAUUCAGGCCAAGAACGCGUUUGCGACAGGAGUUCACAUGUCUGAAAACGUAGUAGGGAAAACACUACACAAGACAGAGAAAAAGAUACGUUAUUACCAUUACCACAACACCAUAACCGUGCACGAGGAGCUUUGCAGAGAGAUGUUACCUGUUUCGGCCAAGAACAACGUGACAUUUUACAAGAAGCGUCCAUUUGUGUACGACGAUAACAUGAAGAAGCUAGUGAAAACGGUUAAAGAGUUUGAGAAGAAAAAACUCGGGACGGAAGUUGUGGAAAAUUUCUCAUGACCAGAUAUAAUAAACCUAGUUCCUCUGAUAAGCAUUUUGUGUAUAAAGGUAUAGUUGUUACCGUUUACUUGUAUCAUUUUUCGUUCUUGUUUUGUCCUCUUUUUACUAUUUCAUUAAUAACUUUUAUCAAUACUAGGAAAGAACCCGCGCAUAUGCGCAGUUUUAUUU